GGCACAGAGGAAAGUAAGAAUUUCCUGUAAUAACAACAGAGCAACCGGUCACCCACGUGUUGUUCAAAACAAUAGAACUGCAGGAAAGACUUUUCUAAUCCCAGAAUAGAGGUGUAAGCUUGCCUUGAUGUCUAUCGUGGAGAAAAUGUCUACAGCAGAUUUGAUGGAGAAUCUCAGGGAAGAGCUCACCUGUUUUAUCUGCUUAGACUACUUCAACAGCCCGGUGACCACCGAGUGUGGACACAGCUUUUGCCUGAUGUGUCUCCUCAAGAACUGGGAGGAACAUAAUACACCUUUGUCUUGUCCUGAGUGCUGGAGGACCUUGGAGGGCCCCCACUUCCAGCCCAAUGAGCGCUUGGGGAGGCUGGCCAGCAUUGGCAGGCAACUCAGAUCCCAGGUGCUACAGAAUGAGGAUGAACAAGGCAGCUUUGGGAGAACAGCAGCAGCAGCAGCAGCCACUAAGGUGUUCUCUGAUGAUGAGCAGAGUACAAAUUCUUUCUCAACCCAAAGCCAUGGAGUAAACAGAGUGUAUCUCUCAAGUGAGGCUGAGGAACAACACAAAGAGAAACUCCAGGAAAUCCUAAAUCUUUUGCGGAAAAAGAAGAAGGAAGCUCAGAUUAUAUUAACCCAUGAGAAGGAGAGAGUGAUAUUGUGUAAGGAAGAGACAAAGACUUGUAAACAGGUUGUUGUGUCAGAAUAUAUGAAAAUGCACCAGUUCCUGAAGGAAGAGGAGCAGCUACAACUUCAGCUUCUAGAAAAAGAGGAAAGAGAGAACAUGAAGAAACUGAGGGAGAAUGAGAUCCAGCUGACCCAGCUAAUCAGAAGCCUAAGCAAAAUGAUUGGACAGAUUGAGUCUGCAUUUCAGAACUCAACUUUAGAAUCUUUUGAGGAAGUGAGAGGAGCACUGGAAAGGAGCGAGACACUCUUGCUUCAGUGUCCAGAGGCCACCACCACAGAACUGAGUCUGUGCCGCAUCACUGGAAUGAGGGAGAUGCUAAGAAAAUUCAGCUCGGAUAUAACUCUGGAUCCAGCCACAGCCAAUGCCUAUCUAGUCUUGUCUGAGGAUCUGAAAAGUGUACGAUAUGGAGCAACCAGACAACAGUUACCUGACAACCCGGAGAGAUUUGACCAGUCUGCUACUGUGUUGGGCACUCAGAUCUUUACCUCUGGGAGACACUAUUGGGAGGUGGAAGUGGGAAACAAGACAGAGUGGGAAGUGGGCAUCUGCAAGGACUCAGUGAGCAGAAAGGGGAAUCUCCCAAAGCCCCCUGGGGACCUAUUCUCACUCAUAGGUUUGAAAAUUGGAGAUGAUUACAGUCUUUGGGUCUCAUCACCCUUAAAAGGCCAACAUGUCAGACAGCCGGUGCACAAGGUUGGUGUUUUCCUAGACUACGAAUCUGGACAUAUAGCAUUCUACAAUGUGACAGACGAGUCCCUCAUCUACAGUUUCCCGCCAGCCUCUUUCCAAGAGGCUCUCAGGCCUAUCUUUUCCCCUUGCCUCCCAAAUGAAGGGACAAAUACAGACCCUCUCACCAUCUGCUCACUGACCAGCCAUGCCUGAGGAAUGCCCUGACCUUCUGAGAACAUGGUCUAAGACCAAAAAUGACUGUUGAUUAAGAUGAUUAAUGUGUUAGCACUAUGUACAUCAGGUGGUCUGAACAACUCUCCUCCCCAAGAGUUUCCAUUGACUUGAGCCCUCAUUGAACAACCAAAUUAGACAAUCAACUUCAACAUCACUAGGAGAAUCCUGUUCAGAUCCUGUGGUGUUAACCAAAUUCAUUAUCCAGACUACCCCAUGUGUGUGCUUGUCACUCAAACCAUGGAGAUAGAACUAGCCUUCGCUACCUUGUAUUCCACUGUCUUAGGCCAAUCUUAAAAAUACAUGCCAUUUUUUGCAAGUGUAUUUAUUCAUUGACUCUUAUUUUUUAAAAAAAAAUUAUUUAUUUAUUUAAAAGGCAGUUAGAGAGAGAAAGAGAGAGGAAGAGACAAAAAGAUCAGUCUUUCACUUGCUGGUUCACCCCCCAGAUGGCUGCAAUGCCAGGGCUGGGCAAGACCAAAGCCAGGAGUCAGGACUUUCUUCCAGGUGUCCCACAUGGGUAGCAGGAGCCCAAGUACUUGGGCUAUCUUCCGCUGCUUUUCCCAGGCCAUUAGCAGGGAGCUGGAUGGGAAGUGGAGCAGCCAGGACACGAACCAGCACUCAUAUGGAAUGCUGGCAUUGUAGGUGGCGGCUUUACCUGCUAUGCCACUAUAGUGGCCCCUUCAUUGGACUCUUAAAUGCUGUGUCUUUGUCCUGUGUACAGAGCUCCGUAGGCUGGGGCAACCCAAUCUCUCCAGAUCUCUGGUGCAUGUCUUCUGCUCUCCAUGGUGAGUGAGAGGGGCUCAAGACUCAGCCUGCUCUCUGAAAAGUCACUUUUCCUCCCAUCCCAUGAGGCCUAGCGUAUUCACACUGAGCAACACUCAUGUGUUCAGAAUUCUGCAAACAUUGGUGUGAAUAUUAUCACUUGUGUUACUUAAUCACAAGAGACUGGAACCUUCUGUUGUUCAUUAACAGAAGACAACAGAGCAAAGUCUCAAUUCAGUACAUAUAUCAUGUUAAUGGACACCACAGGAUUUCAUUUAGUCUUCCUAUAAGAUUAUUUCCUGUGCUUUUGCUCUUUGUGUUGAGAAGAUUUUCAAUCCCUGGAAGGUCAAAUGAAGCCACUCUCCUAUCUCAGAAAGUCAGUGUUUAUCAGGGCGGUGGUGUCCGGCUGAGCUCCUUUUGCUGACCUCUAAGUGCAUUCUGGUAGGUAGAGGUCUGAUUUCAUGUGUCUCAUUCUUCCCUCUUCCCCACCCUGUUCUCACUGGUGUGUCCCCGCAGGUGUUUUUUUUUUUUUUUUUUUUUUUAAUGGAAUUCUGCUUUGCUUGCACUGCACUGCAGAAUUUCAUCAGUCAGUGGGGAUUUUCUUUACCUCCUCCCACCACUCAGAUAAGUCAGAGUCAUAAAGCAGACAAGACAACCGAUAAGAUUUAACCAACCAACACACAACAGCCUAAUUACUAGGGAUUUUGGGGAAAAAGUUCAUCACAGAAUUUUCUUUUUUUUGUUUUAAUUCUUUUUUUUUUUUUUUUUUUUUUUUUGCCUUUGUGACUUGAAGAUUAGGAUGUGGGGACAUUGACCAUUGAAUGUGUUAAUCAGCACACAAGGCCAUAGAGAGAGAUCACCAGGUAAUUCAGUUUAUUUUAGAGUUUGUAUUCAUCCUCCUCAUUGAUCCAAAUCUGUUUUCUCCUUCAGCCUUACACAUUUUUACCCUGUAUUUCAAAGGCAGGGACGCAGAUAUGAAACAGUCUUAGGAUCCCAGAAAAUGCCCUCUUCUGUCUUCUGUAUUUAUCAUUUGAUAUUUCACCCUGACAGCACACACAGAAUCAGAGAACUGUACAGCACAAUCCGACACCACUUUGCUUCCCAUUGGCUAUUUUAUUAGAUAGACCUUAUUCAUUUUUGACCUCAGAAGGGCUGGCAUUAUGGUGCAGCAGGUUAAGCUGCAGCUUGGGGUGCCUGCAUCCCAUAUUGGAGUGCUCUCUGCUAACGCACCUGUGAAACAGUAGGUGGUGGCUCAAGUACUUGAGUCCUUGCCACCAACAUGGGAGAGCUGGGUGGAAUUCCUGGCCAUUGGCUUCGGUCUGGCCCAAUCCCCGUUGCUGUGGCCAUUUCUGGGGAGUGACAUGGCAGAUGGAAGAUCUCUUUUUCCCUCUCUGUCACUCUGCCUUUCAAACAAAUAAGUAAAUCUUAAAAAAAAAGAAAAGGCUAAGAAGCAGAUUAUAAAAAGUAAACACCAAAUAUUUGGAAUAUUUAUUCCUCUUUUUUAAAGAUUUAUUUUAUUUAUUUGAAAAGUAGAGUUAUAGAGAGAUCUGCAGGGGAGGGGGAGAAUCUCUUCCAUCUGCUGGUUCUCUCCCGAGUGGCGCAAUGGUUAGUGCUGGGCCAGGAUGAAGCCAGGGGCCAGGAGCUUCUUUUGGGUCUCCCACAAGUACUUGGACCAUUUUCCACUGCUGUCCCAGGUGCAUUAGCAGGAGAUAGAUCAGAAGUGGUGCUGCCGGGAUAAGAAUCGGCACCCAUGUGGGAUGCUGGUGUUGCAGGCAAUGGCUUUACCUGCUAGACCACAACGUUGAACCCUAUUUCUCCCUCAACCAUUAAAAAAAAUUACUCUUCUGUGUUAAAGCAUAUAGAAGUGUUAAAGUGAAAUGGUAUUUUAAUUUAGUGUGUGUUGCAUUUAAUUGUAGUGGAAUUCAGGUGAUAACUCCUUUUUUCUUUGUUGUCUCAAAGGGAUUCACACCGCUAAGGAAAUUAGCCCAUUUAUCUUUCUAGCAAAGCCAUCCUGAAUGGCUCUCUUCGUUGCACCAUUGCCUACACUGGGCCUGCCACAGAUUUUGGGUGUGUGGGGAAGACUUAGUCUAUACCACUUUUACUCUUCUGGCUUUGCAUGAAUAACCAUGAAAAAGUUGUGAGAAAUUUUUCACUGAAGAUUUCCACAUACAAUCCCCAAGCCAAACAGACAUGGUGGUGAGGAUGCAAAUGAGGGUGAUCAGAACGGAGCAUGGAAGGGCCUGGGUCUCUCUGUCCAGGCCUUUGGAAAAGGACAUUUCCUCAGAUAGGAACAGUGCCCCGUGUGGAACCUGCCACCACCAUUCCUUCAGCUGUCCUUUUGUUUUCUGUUUUACUUCCUUAUUUUCUCCCCUAGACUCCCACACUUACCCUUUGUGGAGUGGAUAAUUUCUUCAGGAGUGGCAGUUCCCAAGUAGCCUCUUAUUCACUGGGCAUUAGGAAAAUCAAAUCUAGAGUCGUAGCAAUUUUCUUCUCUACUUCUCCCCUCCAGCUAGAAGAAAGGAAAAAUGUCUAGUUCUGAGAUUAGAGGACAUCAAGAUUGACCUUCUACAUUGCAUAACAAUUUGACUAGCUUGUUUUCCGACUUUCCUUCUUUGUCCUUGAACAGCUUAAAAAAUACAUAUCUUGCCUUGAAAUGUAAUUGACAAAUCAAACUGCUUAGAUCUCUAGGUAAGGCCUUCACCCAGUCAUCUGGUCUUAUUAUCGCCAUUCCCAUCUCUGGUAUGACGUAAUUCAACCUAUGAUGGUUAGAGAGUAUUGGUACCUUAUCUAACUUUGGAUUGCUUUACAUCACUCUCUUGCACUAAUUAACUCAAGAAUGUGCUCAGUCCACUUUUUCAUGUUCUUAAAUUUCUCCCUGGGCCUGUACCUUGGAGGGAGGGAUGGGAGCCAAACAACAGACCACAGUAAGAAAAGGGACAAAUGCAGAAAUGAACAAAGGGUAAAAUAAAAAUCAAGUGGGAUCUCACUACAUUGCCUAUAUUUUGGUGUGUAUCUUUUUAGGUGUUGUUUCUUAUGUAUGUAUAUUUGUAGCAAAAUAAAAAUUAAUAUUACCUCAGCAUUACUUAGUGGACCUCUUUCAUAUUACUAGAUAUUUCCUGACUGUGAAUUUUUCAUCCCUACAUUUAUAAGCUUGUGUCUUUGAAGAAACAUCACAGUUAUUAAAUUACAUUUAUCACAUACAAAUGUUUACACUUGAAAAUGAUGCAAUAUUAUCUAGUAUAUAAUCAAUAUUAAAAAUUUUCCAUUUGUCCUGGUAAUGUUCUUUACAGCUAUUUUUUUUUCAGUCUUCCAGCAUCUAGGAGUAAUAUAGGAGCAUGUAUUGAAUUUAAUUGUCUCUGAAAAUACAAUUUUUAAUGGGAGUAAUAUUUCAUUGUUUGACUGUCUCUAAAUUUAUUUAAUCCUUCCCCUACUGUGGUACAUUCAGAUGAACACAAGUGCAUACAAACUUGGGUGUAUCUAUUUCCCAAGCGUGUCUCCUGCAGACAAGAAAGCUCUUUGUGGAUUCUGGAGCCAUGUGCUUGUCAAAGUUCUUCGUGCACUGCAGGUGAUCCCAAAAUUCACAUUUCAUACCAAAGAGCAGACACACUAGCUUUGAGACAGGUGAACAAACAUGUUUUCUCCUACUCUCUUUGCCAAAAGCAUUGAUCUUAUUUUCUCCAAAAAGACUAUUCUGGGAAGAAUUGGGUAAUGUCUGGGUGUUGAAAUCAGUCAUCCCUUGGUUUCAAUGCUUGACUUUACUGCAUAAUAGCUAUUUUAACUUUCACAAGUUACUUUAACGCUCAGAGUUGAAAUACCUACUUGCCGUGACCAUUACGUGAGAACACAUAAAAGCAACUAAUGAGUUGGGCACAAUAGCUUUCUGUAAGUUCUCCCUUCCCCUAUUAAAGGCUCCAUUUUGUAAUUCCUCCCAGAAGGCACAGAAAAGUCACAGGAUGUUGGGGUAGGGUGCGGAGAACACAGACAUUUAAGUGUUUGAAAGAAUUCUAGGGUUU